AUGAAGUAUUCCUUAAGCCCUGACAACUACUCUGAAGAUGGAAUUAUGAAUAUGGCAACUUUUCUAAGGGGCUUUGAAGAAAAGGGGAUAAAGAACGACAGGCCUGAGGACCAGCUGAGUAAAGAGAAAAAGAAGAUUCUCUUCUCCUUCUGUGAGGUGUGCAACAUCCAGCUGAACUCUGAAGCCCAGGCCCAGGUCCAUUACAAUGGCAAGUCUCACCGCAAGCGAGUCAAGCAGCUGAGUGAUGGACAGCCCUCAUCCCCAGCCCAGAGCUCCGCGCUGCCACCCCCAGCCAGCCCCGGUACCCACACCAGCACAGAUCAUCAGGGUUGGAGCCAAGUCUCCGCAGCCCCGCGUGUGACACUGGCCACAUCCUGGAAGUUUUGUUUAUCCAACUUGGUUGUUCCUGAAGCUGGUGGAAGCCCUGCCAAGAUGUGGAGUGGACUUCCUAGCAGAGGCAGUACAUGCCAUACUACUACCCUUCCUGCUCUUGUGCGCGCACCGACCCUGAUGAUGCAGCCUUCACUGGAUAUCAAACCGUUUAUGUCGUUUCCAGUGGACAGUAAUUCUGCUGUUGGGCUCUUUCCAAAUUUUAACACAAUGGAUCCUGUGCAAAAAGCAGUCAUUAACCACACAUUUGGAGUGUCCAUUCCCCCAAAGAAGAAACAAGUUAUUUCUUGUAAUGUCUGUCAGCUUCGCUUUAACUCGGAUAGCCAGGCCGAGGCCCACUACAAAGGAAGUAAACAUGCCAAGAAGGUCAAAGCACUAGAGGCAACGAAAAAUAAACCCAAAAUGGUUUCUUCCAAGGACAGCGCAAAGGCUAAUCCCAGCUGCUCCAUCACUCCAAUCACAGGCAACAACUCUGACAAAUCAGAAGAAAAAGGGAAGUUAAAAGUCAGCAUUUCCAAUCAAGUAUCAAGUUCUGAAGGUGGCUCCUUUCUUCUCAAGCCUGGCACCACACCCCUGCCACCUGGAGGAGCCACUUCUCCCUCCAAGAGCACCAAUGGAGCGCCUGGUACUGUUUCUGAAUCAGAAGAAGAAAAAGCCAAAAAACUGCUUUAUUGUUCACUAUGCAAAGUGGCUGUGAACUCCCUGUCACAGCUAGAGGCACACAACACAGGAUCUAAACACAAGACUAUGGUUGAAGCUCGUAAUGGGGCUGGCCCAAUUAAGUCCUAUCCAAGACCUGGAUCAAGAUUAAAGAUGCAGAAUGGCAGUAAGGGGUCAGGACUACAGAACAAGACAUUUCAUUGUGAAAUCUGUGAUGUUCACGUUAAUUCAGAAAUUCAACUCAAACAGCACAUUUCUAGCCGAAGGCAUAAGGAUCGAGUUGCUGGGAAGCCAUUAAAGCCGAAAUACAGCCCUUACAACAAACUCCAGCGGAGCCCAAGCAUUUUAGCAGCCAAACUAGCAUUCCAGAAGGACAUGAUGAAGCCCCUGGCCCCGGCCUUCCUGUCCUCGCCGCUGGCGGCGGCCGCCGUGUCCUCCGCGCUGUCUCUGCCGCCGCGGCCGUCGGCCUCGCUCUUCCAGGCCGCGGCCAUCCCGCCCGCUCUGCUGAGGCCGGGCCACGGCCCCAUCCGCGCGACCCCCGCCUCCAUCCUCUUCGCCCCGUACUGAGGUUCCGCAAGCCCCCAGGCGGUUGAGGCAGUAGGGAAGUAGGGCAGGAAAGCCACGAGGAGUCGGCAGUUGGAGCGUUUUCAGCGGCAGUGCGGCCCCCCGCUGCAGAAUGCAGCAGGCCUCCCUGACCCCUGACUCCAAAGAGUAAGUCCCUGAGAUUCAAGAGUGUUUGGGGGGCGCGCCUGGAAUUGCGGAACCUGAGCAGCACAAGCUUUGUCUCCCUCUUUCCUCCCCCUGCCCUCUCCCAUUCAGUUUGUGUAUCUGAAAUACUGAGUUUCUUGCAAAUGUGUUUGUCAGAAAAAAAUAUAUAUGUGCAUAUAUAUCAUUCUCUGACGAUUUUUCCAUGGGUGUGAUCUGGCUUAGAAACAAUAUGGAAUAUUUUCCUGACAGACUUGAAAAACUAGGGUCUUCCUCACACGUCUGUAAAUAAUCCUGGAAUCCAACUGGGCACAUUCUAGUGUGGAACAAAAUAGAUGAACACAAGUGCUUGCUUGUGGCUACCAUCUUAGCGACGCAUCACCGCGUUUUCCUUCUGGUGUACCCUUGUUGACAGGGAUCUGUACUGUUUUAGACCCAAGUGCUGUUGUAUCCUGUGUAGUACUAGAUCUGUAUUUCUUGUCUGAAUUAAACAUUUUUAGUUGCUGUGUAAAUGUUAGGAAGCAAAGUAGCUUUGAAUUUUCUCUUUGAGAGAACAGAAGAUAAAAUAAUGUAUUUUCUUUGUUUUACAUUUUAUUUGGUGAUAUUUAAACGAAAUAGAAAGCCAUAUAACAUAGCUCUGAUUACUACCUGUCUGCUAUUUUUGUUUAACUUAUUUUGGAGCUUCCUCACCAGUUUUGAGUUGCUAAGCAAAUGUAUACAAACAGAAAACGAGCUUCCUAAAUUGCACAUUUUUGCACCUCUCGUGCACUCUGCAAGAAGACAAUGAAUCUAUGUAUUUCUACGUCAUUAUCUUCUUCAUUUUUAACCUGUUUUCAUUUGUAAUGAUGCUACAUAAUUUUGUGGCUCCCUAAUGCAAUAAUGUACAGAAGAUUAAAAGAAAUUUAUAAUUGAACAAUCUGUCUUUCUGUUCACUGAAAUCUGUUGCAGGUCAUGCUCCCAUGCCCCCGUUUCUAAACUGAUAGCAACAAGACUGGAAUGUUUGUGAUAUCAGGGGCAAGAGGUAUAAGACAGCAAAAUAGAAUGAACUCUUUUAGAGCAUCUAUAUCUGCAAUCUGUAAAUGGUAAAAUGUCUGUGUAUUUUUUUAAAUGUACCUUUUCAAUAAAAGUACAAAAA